UCUGGUUGUCUGACGGGGACGACAGCAAGGGCGACAGCAACAUGGCGCGGGACCAGCAUAUCAGCUCGUCCGAGAGACUGCUGUCCUACAGCGAUGCUGUCUUCUCAAUCAUCACCACGAUCAUGUUCUUGAUGUUUGCGGAACAUCCCCGGGAGCCACUUGCAGUGGUGUUGUUCUGUUCCAGCAUCACCAUAGCCGGAGCUCUCAUGGCUGGGAUAGCAUGGCAGGCCUACACCAGGCCGAACCUACUCGAAGAAGACGAGGCAAGAUAUGGUGAAAUUAAAUCCAAGCGAUGUCGAACGAUGUUAAUGGUACUGGGAAAGCCCAUCAUCGCAGUUGUUGCUGGUGGGGUUGCCUGGAUUGCAAUUGAAGCCGCCUGGGCCUUGUUAGUGAUGCUUCUGUUGGAACCACUGCUGCGCCAAGUCAUCAUAUCUAUCUACUACUUCGCAAAAGGAAACGGAGAAGCUGGAUCUAAAGUCUUCUCUCCUUCACGCCUUGUAGUAGAGAGGUCUGAUCCCCUCAGAACCAAGGUCUACAGUGACGGCGUCUAUGCAAUCAUUGCCACACUAAUUAUCUUGGACAUAUGUGUGGAGAACGUCCCAUCUAAGGACGAGGACAUCGCGAAGCAUGGUGACCUGAUCUCAGCCCUGAAACACGACCAGCAUGUGUUCAUGUCGUAUGCCGGCACAUUCAUCACCAUAUGCAUGCUGUGGUAUCUCCACCACUCAAUCUUCUACGCUCUCAUGUUUGCUGGACUGCUUCCAAUUGUCUUCAAGAUUACCGGAGAAUUCGGAAAAGACGUGUCAGCAGGUGAUGCUGCCCUAGCUGUACAGCUGAACGCCUGCACGGUGCUGCUGUCUAGCAUCUGGCACCUGGUCAUGUGGAUCGUCAUCAUGAAAAACCAGUCGAAGCUGCUCCACCGUUUUGUUGAUGUCGACAAAGACAAAUACAUGAACACGUUCAUGUUGACUAGGCUGUGUGUGUAUCCGAUCAUCAGUGUGCUGUUGUUCUUCUUGUGUUUCGUACCAUCUUGGCAAUUCGACUCGGAAGUUAUCAACUGGGUACAAAUUUCCACCCCAGCCGUGUUCAUCAUCAUCAAGAUUAUCAGGAACUGUGUGCAGAGGGUAGAGGACAGAAAACGGUCGUCGGAUGAAGAAACCCCAGAGAGGUCUCAUCUCGCCGCGAAGGAGAACAACAUAGAUCACGGGAACGAGAUCACUGCUGUGUGAACUUGCUGCCCCGCUUCUGGUGCAGGUAUGCAAAGCAAGGGAGGAGAUGUCAGAUAAAAAAUACAGAGUUAUAGAUGAUAUGCGUCGAUGAAGGUUAGACAUCCAGGUAAUGCGAUAUCAGUUACUCAAGCAACUGGAUAUGAGUUUGAAAACGUCAGACAUUUCAGCUAGUAUCCACUAGCUUUCGUCAGUGACUGAAGAUAUGGUUGAAUAAUAUAUGGUAAUUUGGGAAAUGGUUGUAGUAAUUCAGGAGCUUCUAUUGAAGUUCGUUGCAUGAAUUAUAUUCAAUGUUAUCAAUUUGGCAGAUUGUAUCUUUCGUUGCAUGGAUCAUUAAUUAUCAUUAACACUUCUAGCUUCCUGAAUUCAAAGGGGUUCUGUAAUAUAUAAUUUUUUUUACUCUAUGAGAUAUCUAGCAGAGAGAAAUAGUGUGUAGUCCGGGCACAAAGUAUACCUUAGGUGUAUCUUAUAAAUGCUGGUCAUAUAUUA